AUGUUCCUUUUCUCUUUCGUCGGUAUUUCAAAAUUCUGUCUUACAUAUGUAAUAAUAACGGUGAUCCAUUCCGGAAUUUCAUCAUCUUCUUUCUUUUUUUUCUUCUUUUCUUCUUCUUCCUUUUCUCUUCUUCUUUUUCGUUUCUUUUUUUUUUUUCAUUUAAUUUUCUUUUCUUCUUCUUCCUUUUCUUUUCAUUUUCUUAUCUUCUUUCUCUUCUUUUUCUUUUCUUCUUUUUCUUUUCUUUUUAAUUUUCUUCUUCUUUUUCUUCUUUUUUCUUUUCCUUUUUUCUUUUCCUUUCUUCUUUUUCUUCUUCUUUUUCUUGUUUUCUUCUUUUUUUACAUUUUGUUUCCUUUUUUCUUUUCUUUUUUCUUUUCUUUUUCUUUUUUCCUUUCCUCUUCUUUUUUUCCUUUCUUCUUUUUUUCCUUUUUCCUUUCUUCUUUUUUCUUUCUUCUUUUUUGUUUCUUUUUUGUUUCUUUUUUUGUUUCUUCUUUUUUUUCCUUCUUUUUUUCUUUCUUCUUUUUUCUUUCUUCUUUUUUUAUUUACUCUUCUUUUCUUCCCUUUUUUUUUCUUCACCUCCAGUUCUCGUUCUGUGUUAUUUUUUAG